AUGGUGCAAGCGGUGCUUGGAGCGAUGGGCGCUGCUGAGUCCGAGCCGGUCGCUGGCCCGCACGAGCGCAACGUGCACGCCGUGGAUGGCACCGUCCUUCCCAGCAAACUCUUCACCGUUGAGGAUGCAUCGCAGGGUUACACGGAUGUCAAUCACAUCAUGACAUCAUGGAAUCACCACGGCAUCAUCAGACGACUCGAGGGCCUUGGGUCCACAUCUCGGCCUACGGUGUUCACUUUCCUCCAUGGGCUGGGUGAGAGGAUGAGCGACUACGAUGAAACAGCGAAGUCUACGAAUAUGCAGAAGGUGCUACAGGCGAUGCCAGACAACAGCGCAAGGCCCCGGAUCGUCCUCUUUGAUGCUCGAGGUCAUGGCACAAGCACUGGUUGGGAAAGAGGAGGGCCAGAUCAAUUUCAUUGGCGCUGCUUGGGUGCGGACAUGCUUCAUGUCGCCGCAGCACACUCUGAACAGCCGUGGGAUCCAAGCUACAUUUUCGGAGGAUGCAGUAUGGGUGCAGCAGCUGCUGUUUGGGCAGCUCUCCUUUCUCCCAGAAAAGUUCGUGGACUGGUUCUAUACCUUGUUCCUACUAUGUGGGCCGGAAGACAGGCCAGGCGAGGUGUGCUGGAAGCAAAGGCGGCCUCGGUUCGCGAGACCGAUCCCAUCCAGUACGAUGUCAUGCUCGGUGCCGCCAGAGCUGACUUCCCCCCUCGGGACGAAAUGCAAAGACUCGCUGAGACCGGGGUCCCUGUACUAGUGGUGAAUGCGCGUGACGAUCCGAUCCACCCUAUGAGCUCUGCUGAAGCCGUGAAGGAGAUCUUUGGCCACAGCGCGACACUCGUUGUCGUCGACAAGGUCCAGGAUGCUCCCAGCAAAUUCACGGAGGAGCUUGUGAAGUGGCUCGCGGCUUUGCCGGGCUGA